AUGUUGAGCCAGGACAAGGAAGACGAGGCCCGACUGUUGGGAGCUGUCCGUCGGCCCUCGGGAGCAUUGGAGAUCAAACCAGGCGCAGGAAGAGCGAGAUUGAAUAGGCCAAAGCCUGGAGCUUCCGGCGCAUUUCGACCAGCUGACCGCAUCUCCAAGAAUGCUCGCCAAAGUGGGCCGGUCCGUGCCUCGCAAAACUCAAGAAGCUCCGAGACGUACCUCGAUCGCACUCACCAACAAGCGGAGGAGCUGCAUGACUUUCGUGGGUCUAACCGACCGAGUAAGCGUCAGCGCCAGGAUGAUUCUGGACACAUUACUUCCCCUCGGAGAGGACGAAUGAGCUCACUUGUCGAACCUUCGAUUCCCGUCACUCACUCAUCGCGGACCUCUCCAGUCUCGACCUUUUCCCAUCCAGGUGUUAGGAAUAGUCGCCAGGCGCCUGUGGUCUCCGAAUUUCGAGGUGUAGAAGCUACAAUUGGCCGCAAUAGCCAUCCUUAUUCGAGGGGCCGGUUUUCAUCCGUUGCCAGUUUCACAGACGAAUCAUUCACUUUGGGGGCCGCUGCCCAGCGACGAUCGUCGGUCUCUGCCGCCGACUUGAGCGAGCGAAAUUCAGUGUUCAAAUACCUCAAAGGUUCCAAGUCAAAACGAGCUCCAGUUGGGACGAUUGAAAUCAAGGAUUUGGAUGCAGCAUUGGACCCCGAUGACAGUCCUGACGAACUGCAAGGCGAGGCGACAACGCAUCCGCCUCCUAAAAAGCCUGAUUAUAAACAUCUUCUCAAGAAUCGCUUGCAGGAGCUCGAACACGCACCUCUUUCCCCUUCGCGGAAAAGAUCACCGUCUGACAUUGAGCCCACUCAGUUUAUCCCGCAGCUCACAAAGAAGAACAAGAAGACGCCACGAGACAAUGCUGCAGUCCAGAAAUCCACGGUCUCACUCCAAUACAUCAGAUUUGGCCGAAUAUCCAAGCUCGUUGAGGAUGACCGAGAAAUUUCAGUCGAUGUUUACGUCGAUCGAUUAGUGCUUGGGGCACCUGUGACCGAUAACAAUCGGGAAGAGGUUCUUUUUCGUCAUGUGAGAGCACUAAUUUAUGCCGAGAGAAGCCUUAAGGUGCGCCUCCAGUUGAGGGACUAUCAAAACGCUCCUGGUAGUCUCAUUGACAUGCAAUUCACCACACUGAGGGACAGAGACUCUGUCCGGCAUCUGAUAGUGCAAACGCAAGAUCGCAACACCAAAUGCGUUGAAAAACAGCCGGAGUGGCUGGAAAACGCUUUUUCAAUAUACGAUCAAGACAUGCGCCAUCGCUCCAAUCACAGCAAAUCUCUCGUGGCAAAUCAAUCUCGACUUCAGACGCUGCCUUCUCCCGCCAGUGCUACUGGUAAGAUCACAGGCAAGAAGCUAUCCUCAAUGUUGGAGGGCUCCGCCAGCGAAUCAGAUGGAGAGCUACCGCCGACAGAUCUGGCUCAGGAGCGACAUGAUAUGAAGAAGCCAGAAAAGGUGACAGAUAGUCCUUUGAAGAAGGCACAAACACCGCUCAAAUCGGAUUUGGGAGUGGAGAUUCCAGUCAAGAAAUCCUUCACUGGCAAAGAAACGGUGCCUCAGACCCAACGAGAAACGAGAACCUCGACGCGUCGGACCAGGGCGCUGACGGCAAAUGAUCCUCACGCAAACUCUGAGAAGUCAGAGUCUACGUUACAAUCAGACACGUUCAGGAAGAACUGGAAGAAGUCACUCGUCUAUCCCAAAGUCGGCAAGAAAAAGGAAGAGGUGAACGUUGAAGACCGUGAUCGGUUGCGCGAGAAUCAGUUGCUGAAUGACAACUUGAUCGCAUUUUACAUCCGCUUCCUACAAGACCAUCUGGAACGUACACGCCCGGACGUUGCCAAAAGAGUCUACUUUUUUAAUUCCUACUUUUUCGCGACUUUGACGAACAAGGGGGCCCGCGAGAUCAAUUAUGAUGCUGUUGAGAAAUGGACACGGAAUGUGGAUCUUUUCAGCUACGAUUACAUCAUAGUACCUAUCAAUCAGAGUGCGCAUUGGUACCUCGCAAUAAUCUGCAACCUGCGUUGUCUGGCGCAGGACCUAAUUGGGGCCCCAGAGCCCAGCCCAUCACAUCCAAAGGAGGCCGUUUCGUCUGGUCAGCCGGCACAAGGCGCUAGGGAGACCCCCGAGUUCCCUGGCCCAGUGGCCGAAAAGGCCUCACUGGGCCCUGAGGAAAUUGAGGCAAUAAAGUCUCGGAAAGUGGACUCGAAACCCUCGCCCUCGGAAAAUGCAGUGCAUUCUCUCGAGUCUCUGGCCAUUGGAGACCAGACGAAGGCCAUCUCCGAGGGAGAGCUUUCGACAAUUCUGCCUGCAUCAGUCGAUGAGGCGCUUGCAUCUGCUCGAGAACAAUCUACGACCAAGCAAACAAGCAAAGGACCCGCCAAAGCCAAGAAGAAACGUGGCGGAAUCAAACUUGACCCUCGCCAGACGGCAAUCAUUACCUUCGAUUCACUUGAUGCGCCACGGUCCCCCACAGUCAAACUUCUACGCGAGUACAUCUGUCGAGAGGCUGCCUCGAAGCGCAAGAUGAAGAUUCGAAAUCCAACAUUGGAGAUCAAGGGUAUGCGGGCGCAGAACAUUCCUCUCCAGCCCAAUUACUCCGAUUGCGGGCUGUAUCUGAUGGCAUAUCUGGAGAACUUUGUUCGCGACCCCGAUCGUUUCGUGGCCAGGAUUCUUCAAAGGGAGAUGACCGAGGAGGAUGAUUGGCCUCCGCUAGCUUCGGGUCUGCUACGACUACGCAUGAGGGAUUUCCUCGAUCAAUUGUAUCAAGAACAGAAUAGUGAUGAAAGGGACUGUCUGUUGGCGGAUCGACAGCCUAUCUCUUUCCUCCUUGGCCCGCCCAUUUCCGACAAGAGUGAUGCAGAAGACAUGCUACUCCCGGGUCGAACGGCAACGCCUGAUGCAGACUCAGGCCAUGAGAGCAAGGCACAAGAGAAGCUCGGGGGCGAACAUCAACCCUCACAGAGAGAGCAAGAAGACGAAGAUAUAAGUCCGGAUCUCCCAGUACUUGUACCCAUGGCUGCAGUUUCGGUAUCGAAACCGAUCGAGACUGCCACAUCCGGUGAAGCCGUCCACAAGAAACAUCAUGCUGCGCCUGAUGCAGAUGAUAUAUUGGAGAUUCCAGAUAGCCAGGAGACUGCUGGUCCAGCGCCCCAAGGACCCCAGACGGAACGAUUGCACAGACACAAGCUCAAACCCGAGCAAGUUGAGAUGUCUAGAGAUGAAACCAAUUCGAAGAGGCUGUCCCCCAUUACAGGGCUCGGGCGAGCUGGUAAAGCCCCUGGGGAACCGUCGGCUCAUCUCCAGCGAGUUGAGGUUCAAGUGCAGCCUGAAAUCCAGGUCCUCCGCACCCCUCCACGCGAGGAGAAGAAGCAAGUGCAGCAUGGUCACCACACCUCCGUUCAAAUAGAUUAA